AUGUCUUCCUCCGGCCUCGAUCCCAAGGGUCCUUCGCAGCCCAACUUGGACGCAGCAUACACUACCGCUGGUAAUCCUGCCACCAAAGAGCCCGCAGAAAAGGCUCAAGCAGGCCAACAAGAUGACUCUGCCGCAAUCGACAAGCGCAUCCCCGCAGAGCAAGCACACUCGCAAUCCGAGGCCACCCCCACCUCAGUAGCUCGCGGCAUCCGUGGCGCUCCCCCUGGUGAAGAGACCAAGGGCGAAACUCACGAAUCCGUCGGCAGGAACCAAGAACUCGACGCCCAACAGAUGGCUGCUCCCGGUGAAGGCAAGGUAGCUGAUGUCGUCGACCAAAAGCCAGGAGCCUCUGGAGCAGCGCCUGACCUGGCGUCUGACCUGGACCGCAAGAAGGAAGAGCAAAAGGAGGCCAGAGAGGAAAUCAAAGCUUCAAGGCAAGAGAACGUUGAUGUCGGCGGAAUCCUCGGCCAAAGAGGAGGCCCUGCCAACCCUGUUGACAAGGGCGGAUACCCCAACUCUGAUUCAAAAUAG